AUGAUGCGGAACGAGUGGGCAGACAUCGAUCUCCUAUUGGAUCCCUACUUCCUCCACCUGCCGGCGCUACAGGACCGCGUACGCCGGUAUCCCGGAUCCAUCGUCAGAGCGGCCAAUCUCACGCAGCCGACCGCGAACCUCCCCGAGCAGACCGACCUGAUCACUGCCCUGCCGAUCCCUGGCGGAACCACUUCCGUGAUCAACCCACCGGACGGUUGCAAACGUCCAGCACUAAAGCUUGAGAGAUGUCGAGCAGCUGGGCUGCGCGAAGCCGGGCGCGAUCAAGCCGGGCUUGAUGACGCGUGCCGGCGGGUUCUUGUACCCGCGGGCAGUCGCCCGCAGACGAGAACGUCUGCCGGUGAUAUCAAGGAACGUUCGUCCAUGCCCGGGCCUGGGCGAAACGCAAGUGAAUCAGGGAUUCACUCGGAGAAGCGAUGGCGCAAGCACACAACGCUGCGCAAGUCUCGGUCAGGGACCGAGACUCUUCAUGGUGUGUCUGCCGGGCAGACACAAGUGCCAACAGUGGCCGUCGAGACGUUGAACGUCUUGACGCAAACUUGUACUGGGUAUCCGUACAGGAAGAUGGAGUUGAAGAAUUCUCCGACAUAG